GAACCCCUGCCAAGAACCAUGACCUGGUGCUACAGUGGAGUACGGAUUAGAGACUCUCACUUGUUGGGAUGGGACCAUGUUUCAGGCGCCGGUGUGUCGAUGAUAGGGCUGAAAGCGCGAAGCAAAGGCUCCGCCAAGAUGUGAUGGUACAGUAUCUGCAUUCUGGGCCUCACUGCAGGAAGGCAUAUGUGGUGUUCUUAUCUGUAAUACAUCAGUAUGAGGGCUCUUCUUGAAAGAGCAUGGCCCAGGCUUCCUGCCUGCUUCUCUUCGUCCCGUAGCUUGUUUCUCCUUGGGUACGGUAAGGUAAUUUACCUGAGCAAGUUCAUGACAUCACCCAGAACUGUUUCGUCACAUAAAGCCUCCCGACUAUCAAAGCUCUGCUGCCUUACCUCACCUUACUUUGCUGGCCUGCUUGAUAACAUAGAAUCGAAACUCGAGCAGUUCCAGCACUCGACUAUUGGACGACCCAACGUCAUCUGGAAAUGAUCGCUUUGUCCAACAUCGCGGGGCCGGCCGCUCGAUUUAGGGUUAGGCCCACCCCAGCCCACUUGGCCUCAUCUUCAAGCCUGCGCGAGAGACCAGCGAUGCCAUGGCCAAGACAGACUGCAACUGGAGCUCGCAGCUUUUCAGACAAUUCCGGCCCGGACAAGCUAGAACGGACCGUGACGGACAUAUCGCCAAGCAAGAGGGAGACAGGCCGAGCCUCGGCUCCUGCGACUUCGACUCCAGGUCAAAUAAAACGAAAGACACAGACCCAGAUAGACGAGGAACUACGACAGAAGAUGGAGGGGAUAUCUGGUGACGGGGGCGAGUCAGGUGUCGAGUACGAAAAUGGGAAACCUGUGACCAUGAAGAGGUCCGUGAGGGAAAACAUGUUUAGAUAUAUCUGAUUAGCAUCGGAACUAUCAUGAUCGUUCCGUGGCGGUUGGUUCGUCCCUUUCAAUCAGUUGCACCUCUCCUCCGGCCAUGAGUUGUGCUGAUGUCGCCUGAGAAGCUCUGAACGAGUCGGAAAGCGGCAGGAUCCAACCUAGCUACUGUUGUCCCUCCGAAAGUGGAUUGUUCUUUCGCGCUCAUAAUGGGAUCUUUGCUUGGCAGGAACUUGGGAAUCAUGAUUCUGUUCGGUCGUCUCGGAUCAUACGGCUGACCGUUGGCGCAAGUCGCUGGAAAAUUUGGGGAGGCGCUUGUGGCUAGACAACAUGAUGACAUGACCGCUCGCACAGACUUCUCC